AAGAAUACCUACACCAAUGUGCUCAAGUUGCAUGCCGGCGAUGCACUCACCGGUACAGGGAUGUAUCGAUUGUUUGGUGUUCAUGCCGAUGUCGAUAUGAUGCACGAAGUUUGCUAUGAUGUCUUCAACAUUGGAAAUCAUGAAUUCGAUGACGGCGAUCAUGUGUUGGCAGAGUUCGUGACGCAUCUUACGGAUAUUCAUUCUCCCUGCCAAAACACUCGAGUCCUGUCUUCCAAUUUGGUUCCCGCUUCCACAUCUCCGCUCUAUCCCAUCAAAGAAAAAGGCUAUAUUGCACCCUUUGUCGUUCGAAACUUCAAGGGAGGGCACAAGGUGGGAAUCAUUGGAGUCGAUAUACGCAACAAAACCCUCACAGGAUCUUCACCCGAUGAAGGAACGACUCUAGUCGAUGAACGACAAGCGGUACGACAACAAGUCCGUGCCCUUCAAAACAGAGGCAUCAAUAAGAUUAUUCUCGUCAGUCACAUGGGGAUUGCACGUGAUCUCAAUUGGGUGACAAGGAUUGAAGGAAUCGAUGUCGUUGUUGGGGGGCAUUCUCAUACGCUGUUGGCCAAAAAUGUUGGCACGGUACUCACGCCACACGACCGAUAUCCAGUCGUUAGUCAGCAACAAACUUCGAGUGAUCCGCUGUGCAUUGUGCAGGCUUGGAAGUUUGGACAUGGGAUUGGACGGCUGAAAGUGGAGUUUGAUGCAGCGGGACGUGUCGUCAUGUGUGGGGGGAAUUACAUUAUUCCGUUUGAACCUGAUCCAGAUGCCUCUGUGGAGGAUGCAACGACAGUCACGAACUACUUGCACAAUAUGGGUCCAACCUUCAAACAUACAACUCAAGAUAAACAGACGCUAGACAAACUGCAGGCCUACCUGGAUGCCACAGGAGAUGAUUUCUUCACACGACUGUUGACUUACGAAGCGGAUCCUUUGUGCAACGAAGCAAUCCCAGGGGAAGGAGGCAGCGAUGUUUGUGGACGACAAGGUGCAUUUACCAAUCAUCAUGGUGGCCCUGCAUGUAAUCUGGUCGCACAAGCCGUGUUGGACCGCACUGUUGAAGCAGAUGUAGCCAUUCAAAAUGCUGGAGGGUGUCGGUCCGACAUUCAAGGGGGCAACUUCAGCUAUGGUCAAGCCAUGGAAUUCCUGCCAUUUUCAGAUACGCUGGUGACUCUGGAAAUGGCUGGUUUUCAAAUUCACACUGUUUUGGAACAAGCGCUGGAAUUGGCGUUUAACGGGGAGUCGUCAGGAUCCUAUCCGUACGCUUCGGGACUACGGUUCGACGUCAACGCCAGUGAAUCAUUGGGUUACCGCAUCUCCAAUCUACAACUCAAUGCUCGGCUUCAGGAGGGGACCUGGAAUGACCUGGAUUGGAGUAGGACAUACACAGUCGUCACGAAUUCGUUCUUGGCUGCAGGACGGGAUGGGUACUUUGAAUUCAUCAACGCAGAAGGGCGGAGUGACACGAAUGUGACCUACUUGGAUGCGUUUGUCGAUUAUAUCCAACAGAUGGGAGGGAUUCAUGCACCCAAUCCGGAAGACAUGUCGACGCAGCAUUUUGUGGGGGACGAAGACGCGGCGAUUGUGGACGAUCCUUUGGACAAAUUUCCGAUGGACGUAAUCCAAGGCGACAGCAACGAGGAAGUGACUGGUCCCACUUGGGUCCAUGGCGGGGACGCAUCUGCUCAUGAUAAUAGAGACGAACACGUGGAAGACGAAGAAAUCAUCAUGGGCGGAUUUUUUGACGGGUCGUUGUCUUCAGAGACGAUCAUAGAUCAAGCAGAGACUAGAUCGUCUUCCUCGUCUUGGAUUCAAGCAACAACUUGGGGACUCGUACUGGCACAGUGUGGAUUGCUGUUGUUGAGACCAUACUUGAUGGACUAG